AUGGAGGAACCGGCACCGGCACCGGCGUUGCUGACCUACCAGGACGACACCACGUUUGCCCGCUACGAGGAGGCGGCUAAGCCGCGAGACCACCUCCUGCUACCGCAGAACAACAGCUACGACGACUACGUGGUCGAGGUUACCCGUUUCUACCAGCUUGGGGAAUUAGCCGCUAACAUCGCCAAUCUGAGCUACAAUAAAGUCACAUUGCAGUUCCCCGAUGAGCUUAUCUGUGACAGUGCCACCGUGGUCCAUAUCCUCCAGAAAUUGGUGCCUGGACGCCAGUUCUGGGUGCUUGCCGAUACUCUGUAUUCCCCCUGCUGCAUCGAUGAAGUGGCCGCCGAACACGUUAAUGCUGAUGUUGUAGUUCAUUUUGGCAAUGCCUGUUUGAACCCUGUGGCUACAUUGCCGGCUAUCUACGUGCUUGGCCGUCCUCAAGUGGAUUUAAGUGAAGUGAGCAAAGCCCUCGAUAACUACGCUUCUGAAGAACCUGACACCCCCUUGAUCGUAAUGGGAGAUACCCAAUAUGCCUGGAAGCUUAACGAGUUAGCAGGAUUGCUGAAAGCUGACGUGGUGGUCGCUGACGUCGGUGUAGACCCUAAUUCAAAAGCCGAGAUUUUGGGACACCCACCUCACACUGACAAAUCGGCUUAUCAUGGACUUAAUCGAGUGAUUUCCGGUAUCACUUCACUGGAAGAACUUUCUGCAUACCGUUUGUUUUACCUCGGAAACCCGCAACCACCGAGAAUGCUCCAAUUGUCCACCACCUUCACCGACGUCCACUUCCACGACCCUCAACUGAACACCAAUACCGUCCCCAGUCUCAAUCGAAGAUAUUUGAACAUGCACAAAGCCCGGCUGGCGGCUACCGUGGGGCUUUUGCUCAAUACUCUUUCACUUGCUCAUACUCGCCAAUUACUCGAUACUCUAGCGGCUAAAGUGAAAGCACUGGGUAAAAAGCAUUAUAUGUUUGUUGUCGGUAAACCCAACGUGGCCAAGCUUGCCAAUUACGAGCUGAUUGACGUGUGGUGCGUGGUAGGGUGCGACCACCAGGGGAUCAUUUUGGACGAGUAUAACGAGUACUUCAAGCCGAUCGUCACUCCCUACGAGUUGAUGUUAGCGUUGAAGGAUGAGAUGACAUGGACGGGUAAGUGGGUGACCGACUACCGCUCCGUUCUCGAGGAACUUGCGGAGGGAGAAGACGCUGAAGAAGACCGCGAAAUCGAUGAGGACUACUCCGAUGAAGAGCCGGAGUUUGACCCUGUUACCGGUAAGUUUGUCCAGUCCAAACCGUUAAGACAACAGGCUUAUUUACAGGUUACUGCCGAAGCCGAUGAUAUCACGGAAACUGCCUCUGACGCCCACCAGCUCGUAAAGAAGUUCUCGACGACGAUGACGAUUAAGAACACGGUGCUGACGCUGGCAGCGCAUUUGCAGACUAGAGCGUGGACUGGUUUGGGCAGUGACUGGAAGGAUGAUGAAGAUUAUGAUGAAGAGGGGGCAGUGGUGGAACAGGGGAGAGGCGGUGUGGCCCGGGGAUACGACUUUGAUCGGGAAAACAAGACAUAA